AUGGUGAAAACGGCAGGGAAGUCUGACAUGCCGCAGUUCGAGUACUGGACCAACCGUUGGAACACCGGAGACACGCCGUGGCACCUUGAAGGAGUCUAUCCGCUCCUCGAAAAGAACCAGGACGUCAUUCUGGCGGGAAAACAGGACGCCCAGGUCUACCUUCCGAUGUGUGGAAAGGCGCCCGAUUUGAAAUGGUUCUACGACAAGGGCCAUCGCGUCGUCGGCGUGGAGUACAUAGAAGAGGUUGCCCGAGGCUUUUUCGUCGACAACAACCUCCCUUUCGACGAAGCCGAGUGUCCUCUACUCAAGUGCAAGACUUUUCAGACUGCUGAUAAGAGGCUGCGAGUAUUCGUCUGCAACGUCUUUGACUUCAACAAGUCAUGCGUCGGAGCAAUGGACAUUGUGUGGGACAGAGGAGCACUGAGCUCAAUCGACGUGGAGCUCAGAGGCAGGUACGUCACCUUGAUGAAGUCACUGCUGUCACCAAACUUCUCCUACGCUCUGUGGACCAUCGUCUAUGAUGAUAGUACUUUCAAAGGUUUUCCCAAAAGUAUGCCGGAGGAAGUUCUAAGGGAGCUUUUCGCAGGGAAAGGUAUAAAGCUCCGUCGCAUUGAUUCGCAAGGCCCAAGCACACGUCCUUACACCGAUUCCGCGACUGUUCACCUCUGGCACUUGACGGAAUGAGGGCAAGACCUGGCCUCGGCAGC